AGCCAGAUUGAUUGACUGACCUUCAAAUAUGGCGAACUGGCUGCCCAAAAACGCAUAUUUAACCGAUAUUUUUAGCUCUAAAACCUUCUCUACUGAUGCACCAAGCUUUUAAUUGUAUUUUCAAGACAUUGUUGGUGUUUCUUGUGGGUUUAAUUUGAGUUGAAAAAGGUUGAAUUCAAUCGCGUGACGUAGACUUGGUCGUCGCUUUGCAAGUGUUUAUUCUUUGCCUGUGAUAUGUGAUACCGCAUUUCAAAAAUGAAUAGCAAAUCUACUGACGACUCUGGAAUUAUCGAGGUGCCAGUCGAGUUAUCUACGUCCGAGGAGGUCGAGGGAAGUUCCCUGGAAAGUAGAACUGAAAGAAUCCGUCGUCUCAAUCGAGAAAGACAGCGAAGAAGGCGAAUGAAACUGAAAAUGUCACGCCAUGACGAGACGGCUAUGGCGUCCGAAGCUUGUAACGUUAACAUGAACUUAGACAACCUCGAGUCGCUUGAAAACGCCAACACUGUGUCUGACAGGACUGAUUCUACUGUCAAAGUCGAGCUAGAGAAUCCAGAAAGCGGACUGGUUGGCAUAAGAACCACUAGAGGACGUUCUUCAAGGAGAAAAAGAGCUUAUGGCGACACUGUCUCGAGCGUGGAAGAUCCAAACCCGGCUACUAGUGAAUCAGCAAACAACGCCAUUACCGAUCAGUGUCACGGCGCUGUACCAACUACAAGUAACGUAAACGAGCUCUCUGAAGCGACCGAUCAACUCUCAGUGCUCGUAGUUGCUAGUGAAAUCGAAGUAUUUGGUGAAAAUCCUAACGUUUUAAACGGAGCCGAAAAUGUUGAGGAACAAGGCAUGCAGAGCGAAGACAUCGGAGAAGCCAAGCGAGCCACAAGAUCAAGGACGGCUAGGCGGGAAGACGAGGAGGCAAGGAUUCCACGACGAAAGCGUUCUAGUACAAAUUCCGAGGAAGAAAUCACAGUUCGACGCGAAAAACAACGUGAACUCAAAAGAAAACAAAAAGAAAGAAUGACUCCCGACCAAGUUGAAGCGCUUCGAGCGAGGUAUCGCGAAUGGAGACGAAGGAGAAAGGAAGUCAUGACAUCUGAACAACUCGAGAUAAUCCGCCGUGGUAAUCGCGAAAGGCAGCGUCGAAGGCGUGAAAGACUAGGAGUUCGCAAACGGUUAGGAUCAAACUCCUCGCAAGGGCGCGGUGCAAGCGAAGCCGUGAUACAAGGAUUGAGAAAUAUAUCUCAAGGAAGGACGGCUUCCGAAACUUCAACAAGCGGGGAGUCUUCAAAGGGAAGUGUUUCCGAACUGAUGACCGCCUCUGGGAUUGUAGUUGACGACAAAACUCCAACAAAUGUUGUUGGAAUUUCAGCUCCAAUUCAAACGAUGGUUAACCAGCUUCAAAAUGCUACAAAUCAAGGAACUCCAAAUGUUGUUACUGUGCCCGCAACAUAUAAUCAAGUUCCAACUUCGCAAGGAGCUAUUCCUGUUAUUGGCCCCCAAGGGACUAUUCUACCAGCUAUGCCUGCAGGAACUUUUUUCCCUGGUGUUGCUAUGCCAGGCAUGCAAGUUGCAAAUUUGCAAGGUGCCAUUUUUCCUGGCGUUCAUGUGCCAGUAACUGGUACACAAGCCAAUGCUGUUAAUCAAAACAUUGCAACUAUUGCUACUAUUCCUAUGACUGGCAUUCAGACAGCCCAGGGUGGUUUCUUGUCUGGAAUUCCCGUCACCAGCACCACAGGCAAUGCACAGGUUGUCCAACAACCAUUUCCCAGCCAGUCACCAUUGCCAAGAGAAGGCCAAGUUUUGCAUAAUUUCCAGACAUUGCUKCCCAUGACACCUGUGCAAGCAUCUGGACCAGGAAUGACUUUUGUCACACAAUUACCAUUUACAGGGUCAACAACUGGACAAAUUCAAUCCAUUCCAGAUCCAAAGUAUACACUAGCAAAUCAAGCAAACACACAAWUGCAAGGAAUUGCAGCAGGUAAUCAGAUUAUUCAAGUGCCAAUUCCUGUUGAGGAGCCUAAGGCAGUAGAAGACCAAAAUGCUGCAAGCUUACCAGCUAAAAAAGCAAAGUCUAGAAGCAGAAAGAGAAACACUUCUGCUGCUGAAAUGCUUGCUAGUUUAAGCACCUUUGUUCCACCAACAAGUACGCCAAUGUCGUCAAUGUUGUCUGCUCUAGCUUCGUCCGCCAGGGACCGACAGUCAGGGGAUUCUCAGCAAACUGAAGUGACCAGCCAAGACAAGUCCAAGACUGAAACAGUGGUCUUAGAAGCAUCCAACGCAGCAGUACCUCCCCAAGGACAAGCUGGUUCUCAAACCUAUAAUCUGUACGUUGGAGCACAACGAGGAGCCGAGGCGCAACAGUAUAUGGUAAGGACCAUGGUUUCUACCCCACCUACUCAUACUACUAAUGAUAUGAAUGCCAAUAACUAUGCGCUUGCAGCAAUGAAUAAUGGGCCAUCCAAUAUCCCACACAUGAAUACGUUUCUUACAGCAAUGGGCGGGGCAGGACCAAGACCAGGCGUCCAAUACACAACCAUUGUCAAAGAUCCCAACCAAGACGUCGACGUGAGCAGAAUCUCUGUCGCCGUGUCAACAGAUAACAUCUCAAGAGCAUCUAAAAGUACUAAYACUGGCGAGGAAAGUAAUCCAACAUCCGUUGGUACGAUGACAGAUUCCUUGUACAGAUCUAACGUAGCAACUAAUACAGACGUCACCACUAAGGCAAUAAUGGAUGAAAUUGAAGAAGUAGUGAAGUUAGAAUCUAAUGAGCCAUGAGAACUGUAACAAUAUGACAGUAUAACACUUCAAAAGUAACAAGCACUGGUCAAAAAAUUAUGGGAAGAUGUUGAACAUCACCAUGUUAUGUCAUGGAAAAGCCACUUGUAUAUUGUGCAAAUUCUAUGCAACAAGAUUGUACAACUCAAGAGACUUUUGAAGUGCUUGCACUUGGAUCUUCAAACACAAGAUGAAAAAGUUUGUCACAAAUUUGCUGUCACAGACUGAUGUCUUGCGUUACAAUGUCACACAAGACUUUUACAUAAUCUGAAACAAAAACUCAAGGUAUCGUACAGUAUAGUCAUUAUUUACUUGCAUAUUUCAAAGCUAAAAACAUUUUGUUUGUAGCAUUUUGCACAUGUUGUAUCUAUUGUUUAUAUCAAUAUAUUCUCAAAAUGCAUUUGGAAAGUUCAUGCUUUUGCUUUAUUGGUACCUAAUAGUAGUCCUUAUAAAAUUAAAAAUUUUGGUUAGAAAAUUCCAGGUUAAAAAAUUCACUUAAACCUGUUAUUUUUGGUUUUUACUCUUCAGUAGACGUGUUCAGUUAUGAAACCAUAUCAUAAUUAUAAUCGUGUAUAGUUUUCACUUUCUAAGGUUUUUAUUGUAUUUUUUAUCAUAAUUUUUCUGUCUUUCAUUAAGAUUUAUUGAUUGUAACAAUGUUAGUGAUAUUUGCAAAAUGCUARACUACGAACACUAAAUGCGCGCAACACUUUGUACAGUUAAAUGCUAAAUAGUGCUAACUGAACAAUAGAGUACAAACACUAAAACUGUGCAACAUAAAUACCACUAAACACUGCUAAAUUAUGCUAAUUGUAUUGUUUUCUAUGGUUUAAUUAACACUGUUUUGUAGUAAAUAGUGGAAAGUGUUGCACACAUUUAAUGUUUGUACUCUAUAAUUAACCUCAUUUAGCAGCAUUCAGUAGUAUGUGUUGCACAUUGUACUAUUUACAUCUGUGUGUUCUGGUAUAUACAUGUAGUAAUUCUAAUUGGCGUUUUUUUUGGUGAAACACCUUUUAGUUAAACUUUGUCACAUACAGCCAAUAGAUUGAAGACAGAAAAUGGUGUCAAAACUCUUAAAUCAUUAUUUGAUUUGGCUAUGAUUUGAUUGAAGAAUUAUAUAAACCCUACAGGCUGUUACAGCUACAGUCCUCAGCAUAUUUUUGAACGUGCUCUGCAUAUAUUUUCACAUCAUUCUUAUCCUCAAAUAAUAUUUUGUCAUAUUAGCUCAGCCUCAACCAAUAAUUUUUCAUGUUAGAUUUAAGCAAUAAUUUUUCAUA